AUGGCAUCACCCAUCCCCCGAGGCCUCAAACAGGUCCUCCAAAAAUCACCCUCCGACAUAGUCAUCCUCUCUUCAGUGCGCACAGCAGUCACCCGCGCCAAAAAGGGCGGUUUCAAAGACGCCUACCCCGAAGAAUUACUGGCGCACGUCCUCAAAGCAACCUUGGCCGCAAACCCAAACCUCGACCCAGCACUCAUUGACGAUGUAGCCGUUGGCUCCGUGCUGCAAGAACUAGGUGGCGCAAAAGCUGGUCGAAUGGCACAGAUCCACGCUGGAUUCCCGCAUUCAGUUUCUUUCCAUACUAUUAAUAGACAGUGCUCCUCUGGAUUGGCGGCUAUUACCACUAUUGCGAAUGGAAUCAGGGCUGGUGCGAUUAAUGUCGGUGUUGGUGGUGGAAUGGAGUCUAUGACGAGGAAUUAUGGCUCAAGAGCCAUUCCGACUGUGCUCUGGCCUGAGUUGAAGGAAUCGCAUUCCCAGGAUGCGCAGGAUUGUAUUAUGCCUAUGGGUUUGACAUCGGAGAAUGUCGCGAGUCGAUAUGGUGUUUCGAGAGAGGAUCAGGAUGUGUUUGCGGCUCAUUCGCAUAAAAAGGCGGCCGCGGCUCAGGCUGCUGGUCUGUUUGAUGAGGAGAUUAUCCCCGUUACCACGAAGUCCUAUGAUGCCGAGAACCCAGAUGCGCCGCCGAAAGAUAUUACCGUGAGCAAGGAUGAUGGUAUUCGACCCACCAUCUCAGCUGAGAAGAUGGCUACGCUCAAACCCGCAUUCAAGGCGGAUGGUACCAGCACAGCUGGAAAUAGUUCGCAGGUUAGCGAUGGUGCGGCUGCGACAUUGCUUAUGCGUCGUUCCACAGCUAUGGAGCUCGGUCUUUCGUCUUCUAUCAAGGGACGAUGGGUCGCCAGUGCGGUCGCCGGCUGUGCCCCCGAUGAGAUGGGCGUUGGACCCGCAUUUGCGAUUCCCAAACUCCUUGCUCAGACUGGAUUGGAAGUCUCUGACAUCGGUAUUUGGGAACUCAAUGAAGCUUUCGCUUCGCAGGCGUUGUAUUGCGUUCGCAAGUUGGGUAUUGACGAGGCCAGGGUCAACCCCAAGGGUGGCGCGAUCGCUAUUGGUCAUCCGCUCGGUGCUACGGGUGCCAGGCAGGUGGCUACAUUGUUGCCUGAGCUGGCCAGGACGGGUCAGGAUAUUGGUGUUGUUAGUAUGUGUAUUGGAACCGGUAUGGGUAUGGCUGGUAUGUUUGUGCGGGAAUAG